GUUAUUCUUCAGCCAACCCCACAGUCGAGCGCUUCUGCACCUGCUGUCACUACCCCUUCAUCGGGUGUCAGUCCAUCAGCACAACCGGCCGUCACUACCGCUCCAGUGGUGACCACUCCCUCUACAGGAGGCUCUGGUCUCCUUCCCCCUCAGUCACCGAUGGGUGUCAUCACAACACCGGCAAAACCAGGUCUCCAGCCCUCAAACGGACCUUUGAAUUCAAGCACCGCAUCGGUUAAUAAUGGCUAUGACUUGUGCGCUCUGGCGUCCAAAGGAUUACUCUAUAACGCAAAGCGGGCUUUCAUUAUAGGAGAGACACUGUAUUUCGGAAACGGAACCCAUUUUUAUAGGGCUAUUAUGACUGGCAAUCAAUGGGUGUAUUUUGACGCCGAAGAUAUUCAUAACAUAUUCGCUGAUUCCAAUCACUUCACGGAGAUUAUAAGUGCCGUGUUUUUCGGUUCACAACAACAGUGCACUCAAACUCAGGCCAACUGUGCGAUUAUGACCAACGCUUUCGACAAGACUUUGGUAAUCGGCAGCACUGGUCCUAACGUUUUUGCCUACAAAGCCUACUACACAAAAGACAUCGGCGUUGGCGGACAUGAAUUACUGCCCAUACAUCCGGUGACUGACGCAAAACACAUGCCGUGGGGUUUGCCGGCGAGUGAUCCGCUGACCGACCCAUUCUGGCCACAGGAUAAAGGCCUCAUUGUUAAGUGUUUAGUUUAUGACACCAUCAAACAGAGCCUUUAUAUCAGUGUAUUUCAUGAACUCAGUGGUCAACAACAUGGUAAUAAUACAACUGAGAUAAAAGUGUAUAUCCGACAAAUCGAUGGCCAGUUAGCGGGCAAUUACAGACAAAUGGAGGCCACGUCUAACUUCACGGCAAUGGUGUACAGAAACGGCCAAACAUUUGGUAUUCGUGAAAACAUUCAGGGUAGUUGGUAUUAUCUGGACUUUACCGAUCCCACCAAGUCCAAUUUGGUGAUACAUAGUCAAGAGAGACAAGUAAAAGAGUUUCUCAAUUGUCAAAAAACAUCACCCCUUUUGGAUCAAGUGUCUCCUUCUUCUGCGCCCAACACAAGUGUCAGUAGUGGUGAUCAGAGCAGCGCAUUGUCUCCUAUAGGGGAUCAAACUACGAGCGGUGACAUCGGAAUUGGAUCCACUCAUAAAAACGGCACCACUUCGGCCGCACCUGAAAAGUCCAGUAAAACC